AUGUUUCGAAAGUUUAACAACCGGAGGAUUUCAUGGUCCGAGAUGAGUUGGACGGUGUUGAUUGUUGUACCUCUGCUUGAGGAGUUCUUGUCCGUCCAGCAUGAGAUCAUGUUUAACUGCGUGAACUCUAGCUCAUCAGCCGGGAGUGCCAGAAGAGCCCAAGGAGGGCAGAGUUAUUUGCCUAGUCGCCCUGAUGUGAUUGGACUUGCGGCCGAGGGUCAAUCCGAGGUGUUCUAUAGCGAGAUUAAGCUGGAGAAGGCCACUGCAGAAUCCCAGAACAUCGAUCGUCUAUGGCUAGCCAUUUUUUACAAGGAUGCAUUGGAUUUAUAUGGGGGGACUGCCAUUCCUCCAGUAGUAUCAUUCCAGGUCAUCGGGAAGCAAGUGGCGAUCUUUGCGAUGAGUAAACAAUACGACCCUGCACUGCAAGUUGUCGUCGUUUUCGCUGCCCGUGACUCUAGGGAAGCUAGAUCUACACGAAGACGUUUUCUUUUCACUUUCCAAGUGCAGACAUUAAUUAAGACGACACCCGAAAUGCUGACCAGGAAACGGUCAAAGCCUAUCGCCAUUCAAGGUAUCCCCACUAUGACGACUCCUGAUAGAAUGGAAAUCAUGGUGACAGGUGACAGUAAGUAG